AUUUUUUGACAUGUUAUCCACUCCAUCAAAGAUCACAUAAAUAGGCAAAAUGGCCAUCUCAAAUCAGAGCCUCAAGUUUUUUACUGAAUUUGAAGUUCAAGCUUCACACUUUGAGCCUUAAGUUUUUACCUUGCAGGACUAUCUCCCAUUUCCUUUGUGGCAGCCAUGGAAGCUCUGAAAAUUUCAUCUAUUCCUUCACUCCAAAUUCCAUCUAAAUUUGACAAAGCGCAAUCCAAGAAACUCACUUCUUUCUGUUUUAAUUCAAUACCCAGUUCAUCUUUCUCAUUAGUUCAAAGAAACAUAUCAACAUUCAAGAUUUUCACCACCACAUCAUCUUCUGUUUCAACUGAGCCUGCAAACCCACCUGAACUAGAGGUUGAAAAUCGCACCCAACAAGAGAAAUUUGAUUGGUAUGCCCAAUGGUACCCAUUGAUGCCAGUUUGUGAUCUUGACAAGAGGGUGCCACAUGCAAAGAAAGUUUUGGGUAUUGAUGUGGUGGUGUGGUGGGACAGAAAUGAGAGUGCUUGGAAGGUGUUUGAUGAUUCUUGUCCUCACAGAUUGGCUCCAUUGUCUGAAGGGAGAAUUGAUCAGUGGGGGAGGCUGCAGUGUGUUUAUCAUGGCUGGUGUUUUAAUGGCUCUGGUGACUGCAAGUUCAUCCCUCAAGCACCUGCUGAUGGCCCUCCGAUUCACACAUCCAAGAAAGCAUGUGUAGCUGCUUAUCCAAGUACUGUGCAGAAUGGCAUUGUGUGGUUUUGGCCAAAUUCCGAUCCUCAAUACAAAGAUGUUCUUGCGGAGAAAAAACCUCCCUACAUACCAGAACUAGAUGAUCCAUCGUAUUCUGGUUUAAUGGGAAAUAGAGAGAUUCCUUACGGGUAUGAGGUCUUGAUUGAAAAUCUCAUGGACCCUGCUCAUGUUCCAUAUGCACAUUAUGGAAUAAUGCGAACGAAUCAACCCAAAGAGAAGGCCGAUAGAGAAGGGGGCAGACCAUUGGAAUUGAGUGUUCAGAAGUUAGACAUAAAUGGUUUCAUUGCAAAGCAGGAGUGGGGUCGCAGUAAAUUUCUGCCACCAUGUGUGUUCUACGCUUCUCCCCUUGAUCCGGUUGACCAAGGUAAUGGUGCUGUAUCAUCGGCUGGAACCAAAAAGGUGUCAUCAGCCCAGCGGAGAGCUCUUCUAAUUUUUAUCUGCAUUCCGGUUAGUCCAGGUAAUAGCAGAUUGAUAUGGACCUUCCCAAGAAACUUUGGCGUUUGGAUUGAUAAGAUUGUUCCACGAUGGAUGUUUCAUGUUGGACAAAACCUGAUUUUGGACUCAGAUUUAUAUCUUCUUCAUGUCGAGGAACGUAAGAUAAUGGAUGCUGGCCCCAACCAGUGGCAGAAAGCAUGUUUUGUGCCUACAAAGUCGGAUGCCCUUGUGGUUGGUUUCAGAAAAUGGUUAAUCAAGUAUGCUGGUGGUCAGGUAGAUUGGAGAGGCAAGUUCAGUGGGGCUCUUCCCCCCACUCCCCCAAGAGAACAGUUGUUGGACAGGUACUGGUCCCAUGUGGUGAGCUGCAGCAGUUGCAGUGCAGCACACAAAGGUCUGAGGGUGCUGGAAGUUGUGUUGCAGGUCGUCUCUUUUUCUUUAGUUGGAAUUGUUGCUGCAACCAAGCAGGCUGCGUUAUCAGUGGCUGCAAGAACUACGCUAGUUGCAAUGGCUAUACUAUCCUUUGCAGCUUCAAAAUGGUUGGCUCACUUUAUCUACAAACAGUUUCACUUCCACGACUACAACCAUGCUCUUCGCUGAGAUUCAAGUUCACUCACUGUUUAGAUAUAAUGAAAACAUUGAACACCCAAUGGUGUACUGUAACUACGAUAUACAUGUCAAGGUUUCAUAACUAUGAUAUACAUUAAUAUAAGUUUGUAAAAUAAAAGGAGUGUCAUGUGAAGAUUAUUUCUUUGCAUUAGAAA